UGCAGCACCAUGACUGCAGCUCGGGGGCUUCUCCUCCACCCCAUCACCAUGGGACUGUUCCUGCAGAGCCUCUUCCUCCUCCUGGGCUCCUGCCUCCAUCCAGCUGCUGCCUUCCCCAAGGGCUGUUACCCCUCAGAAGAGGAGGGGCUGAAGACCUUUCGCUGCAGCAAUGCUCAGCUGACUGAGGUCCCCAGAGACAUCCCCAAUGACACCAACAAGCUCUACCUGGACUUCAACCAAAUCUCCUUCCUGCCUCGCGAUGCCUUCCGGGACCUGCCACUCCUGCUGGAGUUGGAUCUGUCCCACAAUGCCAUCACCAGAAUCGAAAGUGGGGCUUUUCAGGGCCUAGCAGAGCACUUGCACUCUCUGGACUUGUCUUCCAACAGGCUGGUGUCAGUCAGCAAAGACGCCUUUGGCAACCUGAAAGCCAAGGUGAACCUGUCCAGCAACCCAUGGCUGUGUGACUGUCGGCUGCAGGAGCUGAUCCGUGCAGUGGAGCUGGCGGCCGACUCCUCAGGGGGCAUCGUGUGUGACUCCUCCACGCAGGAGGAGCACGUGGGAAAAGCUUUCCUGCAGGUCAUUGCCGACACGGACUUCUGCAACGUGUACAAGAAGACCACGGACAUCGCCAUGCUGGUCACCAUGUUUGGCUGGUUCGCCAUGGUGAUUUCCUACCUGGUCUACUACGUGAGGCAGAACCAGGAGGACGCCCGGCGGCACCUGGAGUAUCUCAAGUCACUGCCCAGCAAGCAGCGGCGAUCGGAGGAGUCAUCCACCAUCAGCACCGUGGUGUGAGCACCAGCAACCUGCAGGACAUAGGGAUGUGUGGAGAUGAGGACCGGCCACUCCAGGGGCUCGCCACGGCUGCAGGAGCUGUCACCAGCCACUGGCAUCGCACAGAGAUACUCAUGGAUUUGUUCCGUUCUCCUCCUGGCAGCAGCAGCCACAGCUGAUGAGUCCCUGGCUCUGGUGGCUGAGGUCAGGGAUGGAUAUCAGCCAUGAGCAUGGAGGAUCCGCAGCAUUCUCCCAAGUUACGAAGGACUGGAGCAACCCGGAGCAUCCCCCUGGCGUGCGGCCAUUGCUCUGACUGAUCUGGACAUUUGGACUUCAUCUAAAACUUUUUCUAUUUCCUUUGCAGAAAUCCCCUGGGGCAUUAAUGGAA